AUGGCGUCCGGAGAACUUCCUGUCUAUGCUAUCUUGCUGAAAACAGGAAAUGAGGAAAUAUGCACAGCAGAAUCGAUUUUCAUCAUCAGAGAAGUAAGUAUAGCUUUGUACAUCAGACAUGAUCAAUAUUGGGAUAUGUUACUAAGUUACUUUUUUUUAUGUUUAUCCCAGUUUGUUAGUGAGAAAUACAGAGUUGGGAUUUUCUCCAGAUCAGCGGAGGAGGAAUACUCCUGGCUGCAGACCCUGCUCAGAUCUAAGGGGUUCAGGGAUCGGGUUCAGGAGGUCAGACCCUGUUACAUCUCUAACUCCGGGUACCGACAGUUCACACAGAAUGUGUCUCAAUGCACGUUUGGGAUUCUGUAUCACACCAAGAACAGAGGGAGGAUUAAUAUCACUGAUGUGACGGACUCUCUGUACGACAAAGAGCUGGAAUAUCUGUCUGAGAAACUAGGGAAGAAAAAAGUAGUUGUGGUGAUUGAUGAUCUGAAGGACAGUGGAUCAGAACAGAAGAUCAGGAUCCUGGAGAACCAGCCAAGCAUUGGAAGACUGGCCCAAAAUCUAAUCCUCAUCGGUAGCAAAGAUAAAAUGUCAAACAAGACGGACAUCAUAUCCCACAGAGAUCUGUUUGCCAAUUCUAUGUAAUAUCAGCUCUUAUUAUAAAUUCACAAUAUGUAACUGCUGUUUGUUAAAUGUAUUGUCUUAUUAUUGUCGUUAUUCAUACUUUAUAAAUGCACUAAGUUGGUCGUCUACAUUAUGCAGUGAGAUAUUCACACUGAGCCUCUGAUGAAGUAACUCA